CACCAUUACAUAUUAUUAUUGCCAUUGUUCUUGUUAUCAUUAUUGUUAUUAUUGGUGUAACUGUUUGUUUGUGUUCCAGAUUGUUCUCUUCUUCUCCAUGACCUUCUACAUCGCUGACCUCUGCCUUGACCUCUGGGUGUGCGCCGUCCAUUUCCAGGUCAAGAGGUCAAGGUCAGCCUGGUUCAUCUUCUUCUGCAUCCUCCUCCCAAACCUCUACGCGGGAUACAAGUCUCUCCAAUGGUAUCUCCGAGCCCACGAGCACUACCCAAUCAGAAGGCCGGCCGUGUGGAUCGUGCGGGUUCUCUUCUUCCCGAUCAGUCCACUCUUGAGGUACAUAGAUGCCUGGGUGUACGGGCGGCGGGCGAGGAAGCACUGGAACAACAGGAACUACGCCCUGGAGCAGCGUAACUUUGAAAACUACCUGGUGGAGAUCGCGGAGGUGGCCCUGCUCCGCCUCGUCAUCAUCUUCCUCGAGGACGCCCCGAUAGUGGUCCUCAACCUCGCCCAGCUCCUGCAGAUGCCGCCCUCCACCUUCCUGCCUCCCAAAUCCCCCGUCACCACCACCACCACCACCACCACUCCAGCCACCUUGGUCAACGUAACAGCCAUUGAUAUCUUCCCGGCCACCACCUUGGAACCACCGUACGACCCGUGGGCCCUGACCGUGCUGGCAGUGAGGUUGGGCUCCGUGGUCGCCAAGCUCACCUGCACCAUGACUCUGGGGGUUGUCCACUAUGUAUCCUGCAACAAGCUCGCCUGGCACCUCGCAAACACGUCCACACAGCGGCGAAAACUUCAGGAGGAGAGCAGCGGGUCAGCCAAUGCCUCACGCACACGCACACGCAGCAGCCGCACGCAAACCUCCCUGCCCGACCCCAGAGACACCAAGGGAGUGCUGUCCUGGGGCGCCGAGGCCAUGAUCUACUGCUGGCAAUUGUUGGCUAUAGGGUCGAGGGUGGUGGCGUACGCCCUACUGUGGGUGAUCUACUUCGACUGGCUGUGGCUGCCCAUCACGCUGCGCUGGCUGCUUCACGCCCUGUGGAUUUACUUCGACGUGGCGGAGAUGUCCCUCGUCAACUCCGUGGCCUUUGGCGGCAUUUACCUCUUCUCCUUCGUCACCACAUCCCCGGGAAGGCAGAUCCUCCGCAUCGCUCUGUACUACAUCAUCACCCUGGCCGAGCAUCUCAUCAUUGCACUGUUGUGGCACUCAGCGGCACCCGACAACCCUUACCACGACCUUGGCAUCGGGAUACUCUUCGGGGGAGCCCUUGGGGGACUGCUCUUCCUGUGCCUCUACUACGGCUGCUUCCACCCUGAUAAGGACAACACCUGGCUCUGGUAUCAGUGGCGGGCGAGGAAGGCUGCAAAGGAGGUGGACGCCGCGAGAAGUGAGACGCGUGGUUGGGAUUAAGCGAGGUUAGUCUUAGAGAUGGACUGGGUUAGGCUGGCUAGGUUAAGGCGAGGAAGACUGCAAGGGAGGUGGGCGUCACAGGCGAGUAAGGGGCUGGGUUGGGUUUAGGCGAGGCCAGGUUUAGUUAGGCUUGGUUUAGUAAGAGGCUGGCUUGAGUUUAAGUAAAGUUAUUUGGUGAGCUGGACUGGGUUGAGCUGGCAAAGUUUAAAAUAGGAUGAGUUGUGUUAGGUUUAGGCCAUGUUAGGUUAGUUUGGUUAGGUUAGGUUUUCUGCUGGACUGGGUUGGGCUGACCAGGUUUAGUUAGGAUGGGUUCGGUUAGGUUAGUCUGGCUAGGUUAGGUUUUCAGAUGGACUGGGUUGGACUGGCCAGGUUUAAUUAGGCUUGGUUUGGUAAGAGGCUGGGUUGAGUUUAAGUAAAGUUAUUUUUUUUGAGCUGGACUGGGUUGAGGUGGCUAAGUUUAAAUAGAAUGGGUUGUGUUAGGUUUAGCCUAGGUUAGGUUAGUCUGGCUAGGUUAGGUUUUUAUCUGGACUGAGUUGGGCUGGCCAGGUUUAAUUAGGCUUGGUUUGGUGAGAGGCUGGGUUGAGUUUAAGUAAGGUUGUUUUGAGCUGGACUGGGUUGGGGUGGCUAAGUUUAAAUAGAAUGGGUUGUGUUGAGUUUAGGCUAUGUUAGGUUAGUCUGGUUAGGUUAGGUUUUCUGCUGGACUGGGUUGGGCUGACCAAGUUUAGUUAGGAUGGGUUGGGUCAGGUUUAGGCUAGGUUAGGUUAGUCUGGCUAGGUUAGGUUUUCAGCUGGACUGGGUUAGGCUGCCUAGAUUAGGUUUGGGCUAGGUUAGUCUGGCUAGGUUUGGGUCAAGGUAGAUCAGGUUAGGCUGGCUAGAUUGAGUUGGGAUGGGCUGGGAUAGGCUUAGGCUAGGUUAUGUUUCAAGUUGGCCCGGUUAGGAUAGUUUGGCUAGAUUAGGCUUUGGCACCAUAUCAGCACUACUAGACACGGUAGGCACAAGGUGAAGGUUAAACUGGAGAAGUUCAGUAUCAAGAACACUAUGCUAAGAUAAAUGGUGGGACAAGGGAAAAGACCCCACACUGCUCCUACAACACUAAGAUGAUCAUGUGAUGCCGCAUAUACCAAAGAGUCCAGAUAAUCCUCGGCCUCUUCUGUGCAAUACGCUUAGUCGACCGCCACGGUCAUAAACUACCCCUGGAAACACCAAGAAACCCAACAAGAGCCUUGUCCAAAGUGUGUGUGCUUGAGCUGAGAAGGAAAUCAGUCAAGUUUUUAGAAGUGUUUUUAUAGGUUCAUGGUAUAAAAGAAGGGUCAGUCUACCGCCACGGUCAUAAAACUACCCCUGGAAACACCAAGAAAUCAAACGAAAGCCUUGUCCAAAGUGUGUGUGCUUGAGCCGAGAAGGAAAUCAGUCAGGUUUUCAGAAGUGUUUUUAUAGGUUCAUGGUAUAAAAGAAGGGUCAGUCUACCACCACGGUCAUAAAACUACCCUGGAAACACCAAGAAACCAAACGAAAGCCUUGUCCAAAGUGUGUGUGCUGGAGCCCCGAAGUGUCUUAUAGCCGAGAAUGAAAUCAGUCAAGUUUUUAGAAGUGUUUUUAUAGGUUCAUGGUAUAAAAGAAGGAUCAAUCUAUCACUAGGGUCAUAAAACUACCCCUGGAAACACCAAGAAACCCAACGAAAGCCUUGUCCAAAGUGUGUGUGCUUGAGCGGCGAAUUGCUUAAAGCCGAGAAGGAAAUCAGUCAGGUUUUCAGAAGUGUUUUUAUAGGUUCAUGGUAUAAAAGAAGGAUCAAUCUACCACCAGGGUCAUAAAACUACCCCUGGAAACACCAAGAAACCCAACGAAAGCCUUGCCCAAAGUGUUCGUAACCCUCGUAGAAAAGAUAU